AUGAUCUGCUAUACGCCUACGCCUGCGCUUACGCCUCCCUGUUGGUGCCAAAUAUAGGUCACUAAGCCCCAUGAGGCGAACAAUGCCUGCCUGACCAACGCAGGAAAGGCAACGUGUGUCUUGAUUGCUGCUGAUGAGCCUGUCUCAGCCGCGUCCGAGAUGAUCCAUACACUCCAUGCCGCUGGAUGCAGUGCGAGCUUGGUGGAAUGGACCGAUGGCGGUGUGUUGGCUCCGCUCGCUGCCUGGAUAUAGCAUCAUCGUGAAACCAACAGUCAACCAGGGCAAGGUUGGCGCGGCAAUGCCACGAUGGUGUGAGAGGAAUUGCCCAGCUGUAGUUUGCUAGGUAGAGUAGGUAUGAUAUCGGAUCGGCACGGACAACCAAUCAGUCUGGAUUCAUCAGUGGAUCAAUCAGUCAAAUUCAUUCAUUUUCAUCCCAUCCUUCUGUCCCUACUAGUCAGACACAGUCAGGGUGAUAUAGAUCCAAACCAACCAUUUCCCAACAACCCGACGCGUCAAGCAUGGGUUAUCUCACCCAAGGGGUGGAGCGACGGAACGCUUGUCGCGCAUUCCAUUCAAACCCUCCCAGCCGCCCCCAAGGUCAUCAUCGACAUCAUUUACGGCCCCAUCCAUUUAAAAAAGAAAGAACCCCCAAUCCAAUCAAAGAAAGGCACCAAGAGAAUAAAAAGAAUGAAAAAAAGAAAAGACCGUUCGACCAAGACGACAGGGAGUCCCACAGUGGAGCACAGCAGCCAUCAACCCGAUAGACGAAUGGGAGCGCGUUCCUGGUACCGCGAGAAAGGGGAGGUUGAUUCUCCUGCAGCUCACAUGACUGCAGCCGGGGGGUGAAGCCGAUCCAUUGUGGGUCCCGGAAACAAUAGUAUCUUCCGUCGUUUGAUUACUUUGGACUUGGAGGCAGGGAUGCCAUCAUCGCCGGUUGAUUCGGGCAAAUUAACAAAGUACCGGGUUAUGGUAUGGACCUAUUGAUGUUAGUGGAACGGGUUGUUUCUCCUUUUUUUCCAAGGGAGAGAGAUAUGUAACAGGUACAUUACUCUUAGUAGGUAGAUGGAAUACCGGUCAGUACGGAGUAGAUAGUAUCUACUAGAUGCUAUGAGGGGUAGUCAGUUUGUUGGAUAUUCCUGGUAGGAAAGAAUCUCAAAAGUACGUAUCUACCAGUACCAGCGACAGAAAAUACCAUUCAAA